AUGUUGCGUGAACUUUUCUUAUGGAGUGUCUAUGCGGGAUAUUCUGAUAUUGCUUUUAUCCCUUUAUUGCAACUAGAAUCACGAAUUAGUGCAGCACUAAUUGCAGCAUGUAUCGCUCGGCGUCUUUCAUUGUUUGCUAUUAAUUUGGACUUACGCCGCACAUUCGAUCAACAGACAAAAGAUUAUGAAGAAUAUGCGAGCGCUUGUGUAACAGCUUGUUAUAAACAUAAUGAACGACUAGCUUGUCAGCUUCUUGUACGUGAAAAUUUAUUAUUUGGAGAUGUAACCUGUAUGCAAAUAGCCAUUGCAUCUCGUAAUAUUCCAUUUAUCAACACAGAUUGUUUUAACACAGUUCUUACUAAAGGAUGGGUUGAUCAAUUAGCUUGCAAUAUAACUGAACCGUCAAACUCAACAGUCAAUUUCCUAGUCAGUCUGUUAACACUAGGAUUGGCUGCACCGUACUUAAUGAAAUAUCGUGAAGCAGAUACUGAUAACGGAACAAAUCAAGAUCAUUCUGAGAAAAAUGAUGUCACUAAUCAACGUUAUCGAAGAUGGAAAGGAAUCGAAGAUGAGAUAGUUGAGUUUCCUAAUUACUGGCAAAAAUUGUUGUAUUUUCAUUCAGCUCCUAUUGUCAAAAUUAACUAUGAUUUCGCUAUCUAUGUCUGGUUUCUAUUAGUGUUCAGUUAUGUGGUUCUAUUUAAUAUGAAACGCGAUGAAAAUUUAUUUUGUUGGACAAAAAUCUAUUUGAUUAUCACUGUUUCGGCAAUGCUACUCGAAGAUUUUCGUCAAUUUCUCGCCGAUCUUUAUACACAAAUGGUAGAAAAACAGGAUAAGUCACGCUCAUGGAUAGCAUCUUUUCGUGCAAUGAUCUAUAUUCUUUUUUAUAUUGGUAUUAUAUUUCAUUUUAAAUCAACUAAUCGACCUGGCUUAUUUAAAGUUGCUCGAAUUAUUCUUGCUAUUGAUCUGGAACUUUGGUUUCUCUUCUCAUUACGAUUUGUUAGUGCUAUUAGACUUUUAGGACCAAAACUCUUCAUGAUUCAAAAUAUGGUGCGUGAUUUGUUGGCUUUCAUUUAUAUUAUUUUUGUGUGUAUCGUCACCUUUUCGAUCAAUGAUGUUCAAGAAAAGAAUGAAUUUUUUUGGCGUUAUCAACGAUAUAAAUUAAUUUGUGAAUAUUUUCAAAAGCCCCUCUUUGCUUACCCACCUCUUUCAUUGUUGGCUUAUAUUGGAUGGUUGAUAAAUGUAUUCGUCUUUCACGGUGCAACCUUUCGAAUAUUUAAGUAUCUGCGUAGUCAUCCUAAAAUGGAGAAUAAUUGGACAGAAUUUGAGAAUGCUGCCACUUAUGAAUAUGCACGUCAUUUUGUCGAAGAGCAUUAUCGAUUCAAAGACAAAAUCACAUUUUCAACAUUACAAGAACAAAUAGAUUCGUUGAAAGACGAAAACGAACAAAUUCGAGGUCAUUUGGCUUCUUUAAAUUAG